CUAGUCCCAGAGGGGAUGCCCAGGGCUAAGUUGCCUGAGGACAGCAGUGCAGUUGACAUGGAUAUUCUCUUUCCUCUGGACAGUGUUAUUGAGACAGAGCUGUGCCCCAGCCCCAUUCCCCAGAUCAUCCAUUUCGUCCUCUUCGUUGUGUUCAGCCUGGUGAUCCUGAUCAUCUUACGCCCCUACAUUCCCAGGGAGCCGUCCUCAGUGCCUCCCAGAGAGGAGGACAGCGAGAAUGAUCAAGAUGAAGUGGGGGAAUGGCUCAGGAUUGGAAAUAAAUAUAUCACUUUGAAAGACUGCAGAAUUCUCUUGAAAGAACUGGAGAACCUUGAGGUCUACACUUUCCUGCUGGAAAAGCACCUGAAGAAGCUCUCUAGGGAGGGCAGCUCCCAUCACCUUCCACGCCAAGUCCGCCCAGGGCCAGUGUACAAACGAGCACCUGCUAGGAACAAUCGGCCACGUGGGGCGCGUGGGAAACCUUCUCCCACCAGCUUCCAUGUGUCCCCACGGGCUCCCCUGGCUCCUCUGGCCUCCAUGCCGUCAUCAGUCCCGAAGACCUCCGUAGAGUCCCUUGGGUCUCCAUCAUCCCUGAGCUCCUCCAAGCCACGAGAGCCUCUGUGUCCCCUGAAGCACCCUUCACACCGGCCACCUGCGAGCACCCUAUCACACCCGACCACCUCCACAGAAUCCUUGGGGUACCUGUCAUCCCUCAGCUCCUCCCAGUCACCAGAGCCUUUGCAUCCCCUGAAGCACCCUUCACACAAGCCACGUGGGCGUUCCCCUCCCCGACGACGGAAUCCUGGCUGGGUGUCCUGGUCCGGCUCCACGCAGGCUGAUUCCAAAACUGACGCCAUAAUAUGCCCAAUGUGCAAGGCCCCUGAGCGCUCCUGUCUACACACCUGGUGGGUGCCUUCUAGCCCUCGAGUGAUCCGAGGCGUUGGUCACCACAGUGAUCCCAAUCUGGGCCUCUCCUGGAGGCAGGAGGCUGCUAGAGCCUGGUGCCACUGCACCUCCUCACAGUUCCCAUUCGAGCACCCUAAUCUUCCCACCCACCUACCAAAGGCUUCCUUCUAGGGAGACCCCACAUGCAGGCACAUGGAGGCAGGGCUCACACUGGCCUCCAGGGCUGUGCAACUGGCACAUUAUUUUGCACAUAACUUGGCUCAGGUUUGUGAGGUCUGAUUUUUAAAAUGAAGCAACAAUCACAUAAAGAUUUUCAAACAAAUAA